CCGGGGGGCCAAACAUGUGUAGAGAUCGGGCUUGAACGCGAGAAUAAGGGCCCUUUUUUGCACGUGGGCGGGGGCUUCUUUUGAAGAAGCCACGGGUCUGGUCGCUCUUUUUCUCAUCGGUUUGGCUUCGGCCUCCCGAUGUGAACUAAUUGCCACACCAGAGUUGCUAGCUUUCUCUGACUGCGGUGUGGCUUGUCCUUCCGCAAUGCAGAAAAGCGAUAUGCAAAUAUUCAUACUGGGCUAGUUUUCAAAGGGAACCAGAGAGAGACCUCGUGUUCGGGCCCAAUCGGACGUCACAAGUAUGUAGAACCACCACAUUUUACGCCAUUCCUUGUUUUUUUUUCUUUUGGCGUUCUGACUCCGAAGGGAAUAAUUAACUGCACUAAUCACAGCCGGGGGGCCAAACAUGUGUAGAGAUCGGGCUUGAACGCGAGAAUAAGGGCCCUUUUUUGCACGUGGGCGGGGGCUUCUUUUGAAGAAGCCACGGGUCUGGUCGCUCUUUUUCUCAUCGGUUUGGCUUCGGCCUCCCGAUGUGAACUAAUUGCCAUACCAGAGUUGCUAGCUUUCUCUGACUGCGGUGUGGCUUGUCCUUCCGCAAUACAGAAAAGCGUUAUUCAAUAUGUAUUUGUGCUGGGCUAGCUUCUUUUAAGGGACCAGAGCCCUCGUGUCCGGGCCCAAUCGGACUUGACAAGUAUAGAUUUUGUCUUUUUCCCUCUCCCUUAAUUCCCACGUUACCAUUUGGUGCAAGGUUUUGCUAUAUAAAUUUUGCCAGUUUUUCUCUGUCACUUUAAACAAUUUAUUGUUGAUUAUAUUUAUUUUAAAUAAUUUCUCCCAGCAUGUCCCUGAGUAGUUUAUCAUCCCCGUUAAUGUAUUUGAAUAUGUUUGUUGUUUCAUGUCGUACGCGCCCGCGACAACAAGCUGCCGAUGUGCACAUAUAUGGAUGGCCCUUCUCGCCUCGAUGACCGACGAGGCUUAAAUUUUGUGAAAUUUGGUGAGAGCAUGAUCGACUUAAUCGGAGAAACAACGCAUUUUAAAAUGAAGUGGAAACAUGGAUAUAAUUUCCAAGGACCAAUGUACACGUUUUUCCUCUGGAGGCUUUGCUGGCACUUCUUGGGGAAUAUUCAAUAGAAAUUGUUGGCCGCCCCUGCAUCCUCUUGUGAGUCGGCUGAGGCGCCAGUGCAAGGUCCCCCCAGCCACGGAGUCCCUCCCGCAGCCCAGGCAGAGUUGCCAAGGCCAUGAUCCACCGCUGUAACCAGCAAACCUGGUCACUUUCGAGAACGCCGACUGAGAUUGACUAUGGAGGAAGGUGAGAAGCCAAAGAUUUUGCCACCGGCCAAGCGGCCCCGGGCGGAAAGAAAUAAUUCAUCAGCGGGCUCGUGGAAAACUCAGGCAGCAGCUCUGGCUGCUCGCAAUCUGAAUACAUCAACACCCUGGAGUGGAGCAUCCAGUCGCCCUCACCAGUCUACUCGUAUUUCUGGAGGAUUAGUUACUGGAUCAAUGCCGAGUAGCAGAUCAGUUCCAAGAGGUGAUUCACGUGGCAAGCAGACUACACUCAAUUAUGGCAAUGAUGUUCGAAAACACAAAUUUCAGAAGGCAAAACAGGGAAAAAACUUUGCUGAAACUCUGCAGGAACUGGUGGAUCUACAGAGCUUUCAGGUUGUAAAACAGCUUGCUGAGAGAAGUGACCAGUGGGAUGCCUUUGUCAAGAGUGAGUUGAAUCUUUCCGACUUUCAACUUGUUCUUCGCAUCAUUCGAAAGGUCUGCGAAUCAGAUUUUGACCAACACAAGGCCAUGCUGGUCAACCAAACAUGCCACCCUGACUUCAUGAACUGCGUUCCAACAAUGCUGCUGAACGGUUCGAUGAAAGACCACUCGACAUUUACUCAAGUGGCGGAAAACAUUGCGCUGUUCUUCACAACCUUGGUGGAGAUGUUGCCAAUCACAGCAGCAGGGCUGAAGAAAACCGUCGAAUGCUGCUUUGUCAGUCUGAAUGGCAUCAGCAGUAGUCAAGACUGUGUCCAGGUUGCACCCGAGUUGCUGCAAAAAUACCAGGGUUUGGUCGGACACGUAGAAGCUCUGCAGGUGAAUGCCCCGAAGAAGCCAACUUGGCACGACCGGCGAAUGGAACAAGUGGAGAAAAUGAAGUAUGAGCAGCCGCCGAACGACUUCAGGGAAAUCAGCAUUUAUCCCACCUUUGAAGAUGUUGUCAACCCUCAGCGGCCCUUUCUGAGGCCCAACGUGAUCAACGGUCCGUACUUUGAUGUUGAACACAACCUGGACACGCAGUACCGUCUGCUGCGAGAAGAUUUUGUUCGACCUCUUCGAGAAGGAGUGCAGGACAUUCUCAAGGGCACCGACAGCAAGAAGUGCGAGUCGCUGUCAGUCAGAGUAUACAACGAUGUGCAGUUCAUCAAAUAUGUGAGGGAAAUUGAAGGCACAAGAGUGCUGAACGAAGGCACAUUGCUGUGUUUUGAUACGUCAACAAAUAGCAGACGAUUCCAGAGGACCAACUGGGAGCAAACCAAGAAGUUCAUGCACGGCGCCCUGCUCUGUUUCACUCGAAACUGCUUCCAGACACUUCUCUUUGCCACAGUCAGCAGCCGAGAUGUGAAGUUUCUUAGGCAGAAGCAAAUCUUGGUGACCUUUUGCGAGAAGUACGAUGAAAACAUUUACGAUAAGAAUGCCAAAUACACCAUGAUUGAGAGUGAAGUUUUCUUUGAUCCCUAUAACCAGGUCUCUGAAGAAUUUGAAUGAUCGGAACUUUCCAUUCCCAAAAUACUUCAUCGAUGUGCAAAAGGAUGAUGCACCUCCAGCAUAUUUGCUCGAUGCUGGACCUGUGCAGAUUAAAAUCAAAGGAACAAGAGGUUCAUACCAGCUGACAAUCUUGAAUGAUGCAUCGUGGCCUGAUGCUGAACAACUGGGCCUAGAUAGCUCUCAGUACAAAGCCCUGAAAGCUGCUUUGACCAAAGAACUUGCUGUUAUCCAAGGACCGCCUGGCACUGGCAAGACUUUCAUGGCUUUGAAAAUUGCAUAAAUCCUGAUCGGAAACCAACAAGCUAUGAAAAGAAAAACUCCCAUUCUUGUCGUUUGUCUCACAAAUCACGGGCUGGACCAGUUUUUGGUUGGAAUAUGCUGGUUUACCAAGAGUUUAGUGCGCAUUGGUGGUCAAUCAAUAUGUGAAGAGUUGGAUUAGGGAGACACGGAAAUUCUUUCUGCAAUCAAUUCGACAUGGAAGGCUGUUCGAAAAUCAAUCGAAGAUCAGAACGCACUGGAUUCCUCUCUAACUCAUAGAUGUGAAGUUCAUCCUGAAUAAAAAUUUAAAGUGUCGAGCCUAAAGGACACCUUCUCCUUAAGGCGGCUGCAACAAGAUUUGUGAAAACCUGCUCAACUGUGGCCACACUUGCAAGCAUUUUUUCCACUUGAUGCAAAUCAAGCAUGAAGAAAUCAAGUGCGAUGAACCCUGUGAGAGGAAAUGUGACGCUGGGCUUCACUCAUGCAAGCAAAAGUGCUUCGUUAAGUGUGGAUCAAGUUGCAUGGAAAUGGUGCAAAAAAAUCUUCCCUGCGGUCACCAGGCAAUGUUGAGAUGUCAUGCGGAUGAAGAACAUUUCUCCUGCACAGAAUUCGUGACAAAGAAAUUCCCCGAGUGCAACCACGAGGCAGAGGUUGCAUGUUCUUGCAAGAGG